CGGCUCUAUACCGGGGUAUCCGCGCCGGGCUUUCCGCAGCUCCACCCUGCCUCCCCCGCUUCUCUUGCCGCUGCCGCUUAUUGUUUUCCUCCGUCACCCCCGGUCGGGUCAUGGCUACUCAUUCCGUAGACGAAUCGUUCCCUCUGCACGGGCUGCUCCCCAAGAAAGAGACCGGCGCCGCUUCUUUCCUCACCCGCUUUCCGGAGUACGAUGGACGGGGCGUGCUCAUCGCCGUCUUGGACACGGGAGUGGACCCGGGGGCGCCCGGCAUGCAGACCACAACAGAGGGGAAGCCCAAGAUUGUGGACAUCAUCGAUACGACCGGCAGCGGAGACGUCAACAUGUCCACAGUGGUGGAGCCCAAGGAUGGAGUGGUGGCUGGGCUGUCUGGACGCACACUCAAGAUCCCUGAAGCCUGGGUGAAUCCAUCAGGGAAAUAUCACAUUGGAGUUAAGAACGGUUAUGAGUUUUUCCCUAAAGCUCUCAAAGAGAGAAUACAGAAAGAGCGUAAGGAGAAGUUGUGGGAUCCAGCACACAGAGCUGCGUUGGCAGAAGCGAGUCGCCGGACCGAGGAGUUUGACCUGGCUCACCCCAACCCCUCACAGAUGGAGAAACUGCAGAAGGAGGAGUUGCAGUGCCACACAGAGCUGCUUGGUGCCAUGGAGAAAAAGUACAGUGACCCAGGUCCAGUCUACGACUGCUUAGCCUGGCAUGACGGCAUCACUUGGAGGGCAGUGGUGGACACGUCUGAGAAGGGAGAGCUGGAGUCCUGUACCGUGCUGAGCUCCUACAGAGAGAGACAGGAGUACGCCACGCUGGGAGACGCCGAGAUGCUCAAUUACUCCGUAAACAUCUACGACGAGGGAAAUACUCUCUGCAUCGUUACCAGUGGAGGUGCUCAUGGGACACACGUUGCUAGCAUUGCGGCGGGCUACUUCCCCGAGGAGCCGGAGCGAAACGGCGUGGCCCCUGGUGCUCAGAUCCUGGCCCUGAAGAUUGGAGACACUCGUCUGAGCACCAUGGAGACAGGCACAGGUCUCAUACGAGCGAUGAUUGAGGUCAUCAACUACAAGUGUGACCUUGUAAACUACAGCUACGGGGAGGCGACUCAUUGGCCAAACUCAGGGAGGAUCUGUGAAGUGAUCAGUGAGGCGGUGCAGAAACAUAACGUCCUGUUUGUGUCGAGUGCUGGAAACAACGGGCCGUGUCUGUCUACUGUGGGCUGCCCUGGAGGAACCACCAGCAGCGUCAUAGGUGUCGGAGCGUACGUCACCCCCGACAUGAUGGUAGCCGAGUAUUCGCUGAGGGAGAAGCUGCCCCCCAACCAGUACACCUGGUCCUCCAGGGGCCCCAGUACAGACGGGGCUCUGGGGGUCAGUAUCAGUGCCCCCGGUGGAGCCAUCGCUUCUGUACCCAACUGGACCCUACGCGGUACUCAGUUAAUGAACGGCACCUCCAUGUCCUCACCCAACGCCUGCGGAGGCAUCGCUCUCGUACUCUCAGGGCUGAAGCAGAAUGGAGUUCGGCCCACAGUUGCAGCUGUGAGACGUGCGUUAGAGAACACGGCGCAGAAAGUGGAUGAUAUCGAAGUGUUUGCGCAGGGUCAUGGCAUUAUUCAGGUGGACAGGGCGUUUGACUACCUCAUGCAGCAUGCCUCCUCUCCCACUGGUAACCUGGGCUUCACCGUUACAGUGGGAAACCAGCGAGGCAUCUACCUCAGGGACCCCAUCCAAGUGUCCAGUCCCUCUGAUCACGGCGUUGGCGUUGAGCCGGUCUUUCCCGAAAACACUGAAAACUCGUUGCGGAUCUCGCUGCAGCUGCACCUGGCGCUCACCUGCACCGCCCCCUGGGUGCAGUGCCCCUCACACCUGGAGCUCAUGAACCAGUGCCGUCACGUCAACAUCCGCAUCGACCCGCAGGGGCUGCGCGAGGGUUUACAUUACACAGAGGUGUGUGCGUAUGAUACAUUAGCUCCCAGUGCAGGACCUCUAUUCAGGGUACCUGUAACGGUUAUAAUCCCUACAAAGGUUACAGAGAGCCGGAAUCAGGAGAUCUCCUUUACAGACGUACAUUUCAGACCAGGCCAGAUACGGCGUCACUUCAUCACUGUCCCUCAAGGGGCUUCCUGGGCAGAGAUCACGUUAACCUCUCACUCCAGUGACGUUUCCUCCAAGUUUGUGCUCCAUGCGGUUCACCUGGUGAAGCAGAGAGCUUACCGAGCGAAUGAGUUCUACAAGUUCUCCUCCCUGAUGGAGAAGGGCUCUCUCACAGAGGCAUUCCCUGUUCUGGCUGGCCGGACUGUGGAGGUGUGUGUGGCUCGCUGGUGGGCGAGUCUUGGUGAUGUUACUGUAGACUACACCGUCUCCUUCCACGGGCUGCAGACGUCCCCCUGUCCUCUGCAUGUUCAUGCUGCAGAGGGCAUAACCAGUUUUGAAGUGUCUUCUCCUGUUAGAUAUGAGGAAGUCUCUCCCACCAUCACCCUGAAGAACUGGGUGCAACCCCUCAGGCCAGUAAGUUCGAAAGUGAAAGCUUUAGGCCUCAGAGAUGUGCUGCCCAAUAGCCGUCAGCUGUAUGAAGUGGUCCUUACAUACAACUUUCACCAGCCUAAAAGUGGAGAGGUGACUCCUAGCUGUCCUCUGUUGUGUGAGCUGCUGUACGAGUCUGAGUUUGACAGUCAGCUCUGGCUCCUCUUCGACCAGAAUAAGAGACUCAUGGGCUCUGGAGAUGCUUAUCCUCACCAGUACUCUCUGAAGCUGGAGAAAGGGGACUACACCAUCCGGCUGCAGGUUCGCCACGAGCAGCAGAGUGAGCUGGAGCGGCUGAAGGACCUGCCCUUCGUCGUGUCCCACCGUCUGUCCAACACGCUGAGCCUGGACAUCUACGAGACGCACAGAGCCGCCAUGCUGGCUAAGAAGAAAGCCAACUCCCUCACCCUCGCCCCGGGAACCUCACAGCCGUUCUACAUUACCUCCUUACCGGACGAUAAGGUUCCUAAAGGUACGGGUCCUGGGUGCUACAUGACUGGCUCCCUGGUUGUACCCAAGAGUGAAUACGGGAAAAAAGCAGGCCAAGCCUCAGCCAAACGACAAGGAAAAUUUAAAAAGGAUGUGGUUCCAGUCUUCUAUCACUUGAUCUCCGCCCCCAACAAAGCGAAGAACGGUGGGAAAGAGAAGGAGAAGGAUGGAGAGAAGGAGAAGGAUGUGAAGGAUGAGUUUUCAGAAGCUCUCAGAGACUUGAAGAUCCAGUGGAUGACGAAAUUGGACAAUAGUACUUUAUAUGAUGAGCUGAAGGAGACAUUCUCAAAUUACCUCCCUCUCCAUGUCCAGCGACUGCACCAGCUCGAUUCAGAGAAGGAGCGGUUGAAGCGAUUGAGAGACGUCAUGGCAGCAGCAGACGUUGUAAUCUCUCACAUCGACCAGACUGCUCUGGCGGUCUACCUCACCAUGAAGACAGACCCUCGCCCAGAUGCAGCCACCAUAAAGAGUGAUAUGGAGAAACAGAAGUCCUCGCUGCUGGAUGCUCUGUGCAGAAAGGGUUGUGCUCUGGCUGAUCAGCUCAUGCAGCCUCCAGCACAGGAAGGGGCGAGUGCCAGCGAGGUGGGCAGCUCUGAUGAGGACCCUCAGGAUGUUGCUAAGGCCCUUAGUGAUACCUUCUGGGAGGUGCAGAAGUGGGCUGAGCUCACUGACUCUAAGGUUUUGACAUUCUCCUACAAACAUGCCUUAGCAAAUAAAAUGUAUGGGCGAGCCUUGAAGUAUGCAUCGAAAAUAGUAGAGGACAAACCCAGUAAAGAAAACUGGAAGAACUGCAUCCAGUUGAUGAAGUCUCUGGGCUGGACGCACUGCACCACCUACACUGAAAACUGGCUUCCCAUCAUGUACCCCUCAGAGUACACCCCCUUCUAAAAGCAGCGCACCCAUUUCCACCCACAGCCCAUUUUCCACACGACCCCCAGUGCACUCCGACACAACUGUCAGCAGGACACUGUCCUGUAAAUGCAGUACCGCGUUUCAAAGCUCAAAAACUCGAAUGCCUUUUUGAAAGCAGCCUCCUCUCGUCACAUGGUCUGACACAGAUCCCACGAUGCCUUCCUUUUUGUGUGGCGUCUCUCAGAACUGCGCGCCGCGUCUCGGCCCUGCCUGGGGCUUUCCUCAACAGCCUGCAUCAACAGCCUGCCUGCCCUCAUCGGAUUAUUCGGAAAAGCUACACGUGUUUUAGUACCAUUUCGUAACUGUCCAGCUCCAUAUUCCACUCUGUUAACAGUGAUUUGUUGUGACACAGCGUUCCCGACUCGUUUGGUCCUGAUGCUUGUUUGAAAGAGGGAGGAACCUGAGUGUUGCAGAACGUUUUGAGGAUGUUGGACCUCACCUUUUUCUUUUUUUUUUUUUAGAAUGCCCACCCAAUGCCCAGCCAUCACUUAAAGAGAGAGAGAGUGCUUUUAACUACGAGCCGUUCCAACCAAACUAUAAGCCGUCCUUUUCGUGGUUUGGAGUGCCAAUUGCGUCGUUUUCAGCUGGCGAUUGAACUCGAUUUGAAUGUCUGAACCGAUGUGUUGAAAUGUAGUGACGGGUAUCAAUGCACACAACUAUAUCAAAGGCAAUAUACAUAUGUGUAAACCUAAUUUUCCCGCAAAUACGGUAUACAUACAGUGCAUGCAUGUUUUUAUAAAGCUUAAAACUUUAAAUUGAUUGGUUGUGUACAUUAUAAUUAUAUGAUUAUAAAAUGGGACUGGGCUUUUGUACUAUCGGAUGGAGUCCAUGUCUUGCCUUUUUAAUGAGUUGUGAUAUUACCAAGUAUAUCUGUCUUUGUGGAGAUUUGUUCUGUCCGUGUGGUCGUUGAUGUCCGAGUGAAUCUUUUGUGUGCUAACAGUUUUUUGUUCUUUGGUUCAUAUGCGUGCAAAGUCUUUGCCUGGCACACCAGUCCUCUACCUUUUAUUUUUUAUUUAAUCAUGAGCACCAGUCAGGAUGUUCUCCCAAUGUGUGCAGCUGUAUAUGUAUGGUGUACACUCUGCUCCACUGACUUUUAGGACCAUUUUGUAGUUUUAUAAAAAUCACAGACUGUAGUUCUGUAUCUGUUUCUGUGUAUACUUUAUUAUUAUCCUUUUUUCACCCUGUUCUUCAAUACUCAGAACCCCACAGGAGAGAAAAUCACCACAGAGCAGCUAUUAAUGUAGUUUGGAUGGUGGGUGGUUAUUCUCAGCAGUGCUGCUGGAGUUUUUAAACACCUCAGUUUCAUUGCUGGAUUGCAUCCAACAGCAUCCUGUGGGCACCGAUAAAGAACUAGAAGAUGAUCAACACAAACUGUUGCAUCUGUAAGGUGGAGCAGCAGUGAGUGAUUAAACAGUGUUUAAGAACUCUAGCAGCACUGCUGCAUCUGCUCAGAGUGGUAGGAUGGUAGGAUGGUAAUGAUAAAGUAUACAGAGAAACAGAUACAGGACUGCAAUUAUAGAACUACAAAGUUGGACAGUGGGUCUAGAAAUAAGGAGGGGGUCAUAAUAUUCUGAGUAGUCGUUGUGUAUAUAUGAUCUAUACAUAUGCACAUGGGAACCACAUCACUGCUGGACUGUAAUCACUUUUUAGGAAUCUCUGAAUCUGGAUUAGUGAGUUAAUACGGUAUGAUUGGUCUGAAUGAAGCAGUGAGUUAGGGUUAAAUAUAAACUGCAUUUCUCUCUGUAAUGGAAGCUUUGUGGGGCUGAUUUAAGUCUGACGUUAUCUUGUGUUAACUCACCAGUCCAGCGUCAGUGUACACGAAGCCUCUUAAUACAGAUGCAUCUCAAAAAAUAAGAAUAUCAUUGAAAAUUUAUUUCGAAUUAGUAAUUAAGUUCAAAAUGUGAAACUCGUAUGUUAUAUAGAUGCGUGACCAUUUUCCAUUUACCAGGAAAAUCUUACAGCACUUCAUGCUUCUCUCUGCUGACAACUUUUAUGAAGAUCUGAAUUUCAUUUUCCAGCAGGAUUUGGCACACUGCCACACUGCCAAUUGUACUACCAAUUAGUUUUAUAUAAUAUUCUGAUCUGAUUCUAAUUUUCUGAUGUAAUACAUCUGUAUAAUAUGAGUUUCACCUUCUAAACUGAAUUACUGACAAAGUUUUUUUUUAAUGAUAUUAAUUUUUUUUAAGAUGCACUAGUACAAUCAAAGCUUUGAGGCGUUCGAGUUUCGGGGCAGAUGUUUAAUCGCUCAUCAGGACUUUGAAGGUGUUUAAUCAGGGAAGACUGUGUUCAGAUCACAAGCCAGCAAUACAUCCUCACUCUUCACAAAGGGAAAUUUACAGUCUGUGCAAAAGGAAUGAAUGGAUUUGGCAGAGGUGGCCUCUGGAUUACAGUGAGUCACACUUGAGUAUGUUUACAUUCAUUACAUCCAAAUCAGUUUAUAAUCAGAAUCAGAUUACUGCAGUUACCUGUAAACUUCGGGUUUUACGUGAUGUUCAGUUCACGUCUGAUUCUGUGAGAUUGUUGGCUGGCUGCAAAGUUAAAAUCUGAUUAUUGCCUGAUUUAUGUAAAACACACACAAAAAAACAUCUUAUUAUUUAUGUAAACAUGUUGAUUGGAUUACUGAUUCUUCCAAUAUUCAGCUGUAGUCUGAUUAUCCAAGUUCCUUUAAACAUGUUGAUUGGAUUACUGAGAAAUCCAGAUGUUCUGCAGUAAUCAGAUUAUGAAUGACAUGUAAACAGUUUGAUUGGAGUAACUGAAAAACUCCUAAUAUUUAGCAGUAAUCUGAUUACCAAUUUGUUUUUAAACAUGUUGAUUGAAUUACUGGGAAAUACAGAUGUUUAUCAGUAAUCUGAUGAUCCAAUUUCAUGUAAACAUGUUGAUUGAAUUACUGAGAAACUCCCAAUAUUCAGCAGUAAUCUGAUUACCCAAAUUCAUGUAAACAUGUUAAGUGGAUUACUCUGAUUCUCCCAAUAUUUAGCAGUAUUUUAUGGAAAUGCUUUGAUCAGAUUACUGUCGAAAUCCCAGUGUUCUGCAGUUAUCAGAUUAUGAAUGAAAUAAAAAACAUGUUGUAAACUGUUUGAUUGGAUUACAGAGAAACUGUGAUGUUCAUUAAUUUGAUUACCCAAAUUCAUGUAAUAAAUGCGUUGAACGGUUUAAUGACAAACUCUAAUAUUCUGCAGUAAUCAGAUAAUGAAGUGCGUGUAAAUGCAUUAAUCUGAUUCCUGAUGAACUCACAAUAUUUAGCAGUAAUCUGAUUGCUCAAAUUAAUGGAAAUGAUUUGAUUAGAUUGCUGUGAAACUCCCAGUGCUCUGCAGUAAUCAGAUUUACAAAGUGUAUGUAAACUCACUCAGUGUGGAUCAGAUGGUUUUAGCGUUAGCAUUUCACACCAAAGGAACGUUUUAACGUAUUCUUUACCUCUUUACGAAUAUUACUGUGUUCAUUUUUGUCCGUAAUCCGAUGGUUCUUGGUGUUUUUUGUAUUUUUCUGGUGUUUUUCAGUCUGUGUUUGCUGGAGUUUGUGGUUUUGGUUUGGAAUGACAUUUCAGGUUUGCGCUGGCACAGUUUGUUUUUUUUUGCCAACAGCAGUUUCUCAAUAAUGGCCUUAAAACGUCUGAAUCUGCGAACGCCGUCCUCCCCGAGCACAGCCGGGGUCAUAUCACUAUACGCUCGCUGUGUCAAAGACUGUAGGAUAUAUUUAUGGACGUCCUGUAUUUAUAAAGUUUAAAGCAAAAACUAGGUAAUGCCAAUAUUUUAAACUGUUAUUUUAAUUUGAAGCCUAUGGUAUGUGCUAGUAUUAUUUUAUAACCAUUAUUCCUCAAGAGAUGUACGGAAAGUCGUGACCAGAUAUUUUGUUAUCACGGUAAAUGUUGGGAGUUGUGUGAUAUGAUGGAGAUGAUUCUGAAUAAAAUUAUUUGAAACCGAAA